CGGCGCACAGCUCCGCCGAGGCCUUCGCAGCGAGAGCAGCGAGGCGGCCGCAUCCGACAGUGGGGCUCCGCCAGCGCCUGCGAGCCGGGUCAAGGCCACUGACCGCGUUCAAGGUAAAUCUUCCGAGCUGUCGCAGAAAUGGAUCAGUCGGGUACGUCACCUCCCGAGGCUCUGCCUAAAUGGUUAACGGAAGAAUACUUCCGGUCUCUGUUCCGGCGGAAGUCGCCCGGAGAGGAGGUCGCCGUACAAAACGUCACAGUCAAGUUCGCCGACGAGGAGCGCGUUCACGGCAGGCUCAUUCGCGUGGCCGUGGAUGUCGCCACCCCCGCCGGCGCCAAAACCCUUUCCUACAUCGUCAAACGCCCCGCCCCCGGACAGUUCGCCUCCACCCCCGCCAGCGCUAACAUGUACCGCAUGGAAGCGCUCGUGCUCGGAGAAAUCAUUCCGGCCAUGGAAAAAGUGCUAGAAGCCGUCGCGCCUGGAAAGUUCGAACAGUUGGCUCCGCGUCUUGUGGAUUACGGGCUGGACGAGAAUCGGUUCAUCAUGACAGAGGAUUUAAGUGUUGUAGGUUUUAGCACGGGCAAUCGCCAAAUAGGACUUGAUUUGGAACACAGUUUAGCUUACGUGAAUCAUCUCGCCGCGUUCCACGCCGCGUCUGUCGCGGUAAUGGACCGGUACGAGUCGGAAAUCAAAGCGAUUCCGCUGCUCAUCGAUUCGGAAGAAGUGAAGUUUCUGAACGAGUUCAUCGCCACGUCGAUGAAGGGCGUGGAGUCAGCGAUCGAUUCGUGGGAAGAAGGGUCGAAGUACGCGCACCAAGUGCGCACGCUGGGCGCGAGCUUGCCUUCGCGUCUGGCGCUAGCCAACCGUGCGGGGGAGGGCUUGGCCGUGCUCUGCCACGGGGACAUGUUCGUCAACAACAUCUUGUUCCGCGGAGGCGCGGGCGGGCCCGCCGUGCGUCUGGUGGACUUCCAACUGUCGCGCGUGGGAUCAUUCGCCGACGACCUGGCCGGGUUCCUCGUGAGCGCCGUGGACGACGACGUGCUGCGCAGCCACUGGGAGCGCGUGGGCGAGCAGUACCGAGGAGCGCUCAACGCCGCGCUGCUCGCGCUGGGCCACGGCGCGCGCGCGCUCUCCCAGGAGGCCGUGCGCGACGCGAUGCGCGCCCAGAGAGCCGUGGCGCAGUUCGCACUCUUCCACAUGCUGCCCCGCUCGCGCGCGCCCGCCGCCGUCCACCUCCACGCCGCCGGCCCGGCCUUCCACGCGCCCGCGUACCGCGCUCUGCUGGCCCUCCUGCUGCCCAGGUUCCGCGCACUGGGAUGGCUCGACGAAUUCCACAACGCCGAGGUGAAUCACAAGAACCGAAUUCCUUCGUGGCUGAACCGGGACUACUUCCAGCUGCUUCUCCAGCAACAGUCAACUGGCGCCGACCUUCAAGUCGAGGGAGUCCACGUGACCAAGCCUGGGGGGAAAUCCUCUUCCACGACGGACUUCUUCCAGGCGGCAGUGGGAAUAUCCAUUCCUUCCGGCGUAGAAACCGAAUUUUUCGUAUUGAGAUGCCCUGGAAAUGUGGUGUUCGCCAAGAUGCCUGCCAAAUCAUGUAUGUUAGAAAUGGAAAUUCCUGCCCUUGGUAAACAGAUCUCUGCUGCAGAAAAAGGGACUGCCUCUGGGAUAAAAAGUUCCCAAUCACGCUCCCUUCUAGAUCGGAGGGAAAAUUCCAGAUAUUACACUCAUAAAAAAAUCCAGGUCAAAACUGUAUUUCAUCACAAAACUCCAGAUCUGAAAUUCUGUCUUGCAGUAAUACAUCUUCUGGCUAUCCUCCAUGUAGCUUCUAUGAUCGCGACUGGUGGAAACAACAGUAAAAUCUCAGAUAUAGCAACUUCUCCUUUUCUGAAAGAAUACAUCACAACUUCAAUCAAAACCAUCUUUCCCCACUUGGCCACUCUACAGACUGAGCAAAAGGAAGAAGAAAACGGUCCGUCAGAAACGCGCGAUGAACGUGUUCUUUUAGACUCACAAGAAGCAAUUGUGAAAUCUGAUGAAAUUCAAUUAGACACUCAGAAAACAACUCAGGAGUACAGUGCUGAGAAAGAACGGAAAUUGAAUGCGGUGGCUAAUGAACGAAUCCGACGAGAUUCGCACAGUUCAAAAUACAGACUUAAUGAAGGUGAACAACGACAUGAGCAAGACGUUUCCAAAUUCAAUAACAUAGGUCACAAAAUCAACAAAACAAUUUCUCGUGCCAGUUACGUUAACGAAUUAAGUUACCAAUCAGAACGCGUUGACGCCAGAGGCAACACAACGGAACCGUCAGAGGAGAGUUUCCCAACCAUACCAAGGCUUAGUGACCUGACCUCCAGUUACCAAGAACGCCGAGAAGACCUACAACGUCGACUCGGCGCUCACUUCCCGGUGGACCGGGUCUCAUUUUUCCGGGUAACUCCACAAGCAUCCCCUUCUAAAAAAGUAUAUUCACACAAUACAAAAAAUUCUUCAGUUGUUUCAAUUAAGUUACCACGUUUGAGGCAGUUUGUACUCAACGAACGGUUCCUAUCCACAUUUCACACUAGCAGCUUUGUGCACAUCUAUACAUAAUAUUGUAACAAAAUAGCUUUGUUGUUUUGGUAUGAACUUAGUAUAAUAAUUUAUAAAUUAUAUUAACAACAACCCUUUAAGAGCCACACCACGUAUGCUAAACGGUCAUUGAAAAAUAUUCGCUUAUAUGUGCUAACAAAUGUUUACGAAAUAUUAAGGACCACAAAAAUAUUAUAUGUAGUGAAAUAUGUGUUUGCAUGUGCCUACGAUAGUGGAGAAGAUUGAAGUAUAUACGUGUCCUGAUCUUACAAUGAAAAUUAGAAACAAACAUAAGGAAGUAUGUUCAUUAAAUUUUUUCAAGCUAUAUCCUUCAUGUCUUGGAACAUUCACUGAUCAAAUGUGCAAGUUUUGAUGAACUGCACACUUCAGUGUUCAGAAAUAUGAGUGAUAAUCUGAUACUCCGAUGUGAUUUUUCUGUAAAAGUAUGUUCCGACUAUGUUGUAGAUUCAAGCCAUUUAGCUUAAUAUUAGUCUCAAGGAAUAGAGAGAUUGUUGAAAUAACUCCCGUUCUGAUAGGUAUUCUCAGGAAAAACUUUUCGUGUCUCCGUGGGAUUACCUCUCUUAAGGAUUCCGUGCGACCAAUACUGUACGGGUUCCGGGCGUUUAAUCCUGUUAGGCAUUCCGGGCGACUAUUCCUGUGCGGGUUCCGGAUGAUUAAUCCUGUUCGGAUUCCAGGCGUUCUAAUCCUGUACGGAUUCCGGGCGACUAAUCCUGUACGGAUUCCGGGUGACUAAUCCUGUACGGAUUCCGGGCGAAUAAUCC